AUGUCCCGUUCAGCGGCGGACGCAACUCGAUUCACAGCAACCGCACCCCACGCGUAUUCCAAGUCGGGGUCUACCACGGCAUCGAGAUGGUCAGGCGCAAAAGUUGGAAGCACUCAGGGUGGUAGCUCACAGCCUGGGUCUGGGGGAGUGCCCGGAGAGACACCAAAGCAGAAAGUUGAACGGCUCCGCGCCGAGGCUCGCGCAGCACGAAUUGCAAAAUCAUCGUCACCGUUAGAUCGGUUUAUCGGGAAGGGAAGAGUGUGGGCGGAUAGGCUGCAUAGAAUAACGGUUUUCUCUAUCAUUGCAGCUUCCGCGACGUCAUUAAUAUCACACAAUCGACGACAAAAGGCCCUGUGGAUUGAUAUAGAAUUGCAAAAGUUGCUGGAUGCUAAAAAGGCAUAUGUUGCUGGAAAUGCUACUCUUGAGCAAAUCCAGUUGCUAGAAAAGGAAAAGGCGGCCGAUGAAGAAAAGAGGAGAAGAGAUGAAUUGAAAAGGGACACAAUGUUCUACAAAGCCAAAGACUGGCUAUUUGGUGGAUUGAAACGCGACGAUGCCGGGGAGAGUGUCUUAAGUAGGCAGCUAGAGACGGAGGCCGAACAGUCAAAAGUGUUGCAGGCGAUUAACGCGCAGGCGGCAGAAGCUGGGACCAACACCAGCUCGACUUCACAGGAAGGCCCAAGGGGAUAG